AGGAGCGUCAGUUCCAGCAGGACCUUGAGUGCAUGUUUACUCAGCAAUCACCGGCUCAACCUGUCGGUUAGGUGUGCUCCGGCUGACUGUGUACUGCACAGGUGUGAUCACACACUCAGCGAGCACCUGAGAGGGCGAGACCAGUAGGACGACACAAGCCUGAAAGAAGCGCGUGGCAGAACGUGGGGAAACUAUCCGGCGAGGACCGUGAGCAGAAUGUAGGGAAGACCCGAAGGAGAUUCUUCUGGUGCUCUUCAAACCGAUGGGUCCGAGAUGCUGACGUUGCACUUUAGGCCCUGGGAUGUCCACGAUGUCGCCCUGCUUCUCAGCGCGGCACUCUACGUGUGUCACAUAGCUGGGGCCAUCUCCAUCCAGUCCGACCUGCACAGUCUCAUUCGAUCCGUGCAGGAGGACGUGUUCUUCUCCGUGAACGUGACCUGCAGCGGCAUUCCCACCAUCCAGUGGACCUUCAUUUCAAACUCGGUGAGGCGCAGCAUCGGCGCCUGGCAGCCGGGGGGGUUCACCAACAUCACAGAGGAUUACAGCAGCAGGGUGCAGGCCCACCACAACGGCUCCAUGGGUCUGUCGGGCCUGCGGCUGCAGGACGGGGGGUAUUACGUGGUCACGGUCACGGACGGGACGGGCAACAGCAAGGAUGCCGGAUUUGUCCUCAAAGUCAAUGAGGUGCUGUACGAGGACCUCCAGUACUUGUCGGUGUCUGCCUUGGCGUUGGGCUGCUUGGCGGGGCUCCUCAUGCUGGGCAUGUGGCUCACCAACAAGGCCUACAGGAGGAUAGCGGCCUGGAGACGCAGGAAGCAGAUGCCUGAAAAUGAUGCAACGGAGCUGCAGCCUCUAUGACCCGCCUUUUUUUUUUUUUUUUUUUGUCGGUUCGGAAACCUUGUCAGAAUUACUUUUCUCAACAGGAAGAACUUUCUUCUUCACCACAACAAGUGUUGUUUACAUGCACCAAGACAACUUAAGUGUUCAAACAAGAACACACUGGAUUUUUUAUACCGCCUGUAAAUAACUAUUUAUUGCCAAUGCCUCGUGAAUGUUUUGAAUAAGGGCCUGCUCACUAGGUCAAUCUUUAAAAAGACAUUUGUUAAAACACAGAAGUCAUGUGAUCAACAUUCCUAAUGUCCAAUAGGAGGACACACAGGAGGUAGAGGCAGACUUUGCUCUUUAUUUUCUAUUAAAGUGUACUAACAUGAGCAACAAGCGAGCAGGCAGCCAACACAAUUUAAGGGGAAAGCAGCGCUCUUGUAAAAGUCCUCAAGAAUAAAAAGGGCAUGAAUUUUGUAACAUGGCUUCUACACAAAGAAUGUUUUCCUGUCGAUCUCCAGUCGGCAGAGGAGGGCCGGGGGUAGUUGUGUUUAAGGGCAGGGGGUCAAGGCAGCCAUGAGGAGCUCCAUUUUGUAGACAAAGUUCCGUCCCUCCAUCUUGCUCCAGUGGACCUCCUUGUACGGCCCCCUGAGGUGGGUCCACUUGGCAUCCUGAAUGACAUCGCUCUUGGGCAGCUCCUUAGUCUGUUUGCGGGGGAACUGCACCACCACCUUGCAGCCGCUCUCUGGACCGUUACGCACUGGAGCGAGAGAAAACGAAAAACGGGAACAGGGCAGUUAAAGAUGGUGGACUUGAUCGCUCCAGCUCUCCCAUGCCAUGCCCCACCUCACCUGAGAUGGCAUACUCUCCGUUGGGGGAGGCCACAGUGACAGCGGAGGCGUUUCCAAUGCUCUCCACCGGGCCGAGGCCUACGUGGUUACUGAAGCUCAGCACAUGCCAGCCCAUCACUUUAGCCAGCUGCUGCACAGCAUGCACCUGGUGCUGGGACAUCUGCGACAAGACACCACCAUGCGUGAAAGGAUGAAAAAGGGGCCGACUGAGACGACGGCAGCCGUACCUGUGAGAGGAGGAAGUCCUGCAGCUCUUGCUCCUGAUGUGACAGAGUGACGACACGUCCAUCUCUGUGCACCACCCUGAUCUGUUCCACACCGAUGUUGAGCUGCAGCUGGAUGGACCUGAACACACAGCCGCAUAAGAGUUGGGCUCAGGGCUUCCACAUGUGCUUCUCUCCAGGGGAAAGGAAAAAAAAAUGUAUAAUGUGCUGCCAGGGGGGCGCCAUUUUAAUCCCGCAAUUUUUUAUCUUAAUGGCUCAACAUACUCUGAAAAUGACAUUAAUUCAUUAUUAUUGUUUUAUUUUUAGAUAUUACACUCAUGUGCUAAACGAUUUGAACAAAACAUCAUCUUAGAGUAUUGUAGUUGACAGGUAGUGUCACACCUGUGUGACAAGGUGUGACACUGGGGAACAUGCUUUAUCAGUAUCAUGCUUCAAAAAGCUGUGCACUACAAAAUGUGCUCAUUGUAGCCAUUAAUCCUGACUUCCUCAUUGCGAUUUGAAACAAAUCAGCACCAAUCUUUGUAUACAUUUUUGUUUAGAAGGUUUAAGUGUUUUAUAUAUUGUGCUCCGACAUUAAUGAUGCUGUUCAAUUUUAAUAUAUUAUUAUUUAUUGAGUUCGGGGCUGUUUGCAUCUUCCUCUCAGUUACAUUUUUCAAAGCAAAAAAUAUAACAAGAACACCGUUGGGAACCCUAAGAUUACCAUUAGUUGAACACGUUUGAUUAAUAAAAAAUUUCACAAUUACUAAGUUGAUGUCAUAAAAUUUUUUUACCGGUCCGAAAAAAUUAUUGCGGGUCACUCACCCUAUCUUGUCAACACGUACACGCAGGGAGCGCAUGCACACAUUGAAUAGCAGUCUAACACACGCAAACAAUUUGCAAUCAUGUUGUUGUUAUUAUAAAAUACACAUGCAAUCAUAGCUAAUGCCAACUAUCCAAAUAGCAAACAUUAGCCAACAUCCAAAACUAAUGCGCGUGCAUGUCUUACAUACGUAUGUACAUACACUUGAGGACAUAAUUAUUAGCCCCCCCACCCCAUGAGAUUUUCAUUUUUUACUAAGUUUUUCCCAAGUGCUAUUAAAGAGAGAGCAAUACCUUUUUCACACCGCUUUUCCAAGCAUUCUACGUUCAUUUUGGAUGCUUCCAAUAUUUGCAUUUGCACACAGGAACAAAGUUAUUUCAGAAAAAACAUACAUCAUCAGAGUCAUAAUUAUUAGCCCCAUAAAAACUUCCAGCAGUUUGAGACACAGCAAGUGUUGGAAGUCAUGUGCUCUAAUUAAUUAAACCUGUUUGAAGUCAACAGUGAACACUGUGUCAGAGGGACCUCUAGAGCAGAUCUACUUCACGUUGGAUGAUUCAUGAAUCAAAAAGGAUCGUGCCAAAAACAAAAUAAAUCCGUUUACACUUAAAGCUGGGGUCAAUAAGUUAUAUUCUUUAAAUAAAAAGAACCAUAUUAGCAUCAUAUAGUAUAUCGUAACAGUAAUCUUUUCUGAAUUUUUUUCUUACUACUGCGUGCUGUCUGCGCCUUAUAAGUAAGUAUUUUAGUAAAUAAAACCCCAAAAGACAAAAUAAUUUGUCUUCUUGGUGGUCAACCCCUCUAGAUCCAAUCACAGGACUUAGAGAAAGGAGGGGUGAGCAGAGCCCAUGAAGGAGCCUCCUCAUUGGCUGAUGCGUAAUACAGUGAAGUGCGUGCACGGUUCAAACUUGUUGCAUGGCUACUGAACGCCCACCUGGAAAUACCUGCAAUUGCUGUUACAGCAUAUACUGCUAUAAAAAAAAGAGAGAGGAAAACAGAGGAAGAAAAGAAUCUUCUAUUUCCCUAUAUUUUGUAUGUAUCCUUUAGCAUGGAGAUGUGUUUUACUGAUAGUCUGCAACAAAAUACGAAUAAGGGGAUCCUUUGUUGCACCUUCAGACUGCCAAACUAUGUGUGUGCACGACUUUGUGCACUUCCAGGGAGGAGACUGGGAGGGACCAUCAGCAGGGUGCGCAGAGUUGGGGGAAAUAUCAUUGAUACACAGAAAGCAGGAAAUGGAAACGUUAUCACAGCGUUUCCAAAUGUCAAGAACUGGAGUGAGAAGUAUCAUCAAUAAAUGCAAAGACAGCCACAUAGUACAAAACAAACUUGGCAGAGGUAGGAAAGCACAUAUGUCAAAGAUUCUGGAAAGAUGGUUAGUGAGAGCCUGCGAUGAGUUGGCGACUUGUCCAGGGUGUACACCGCCUUCCGCCCGAUUGUAGCUGAGAUAGGCUCCAGCGCCCCCCGCGACCCCGAAGGGACAAGCGGUAGAAAAUGGAUGGAUGGGUUAGUGAGAGCUGUGUGUAAAGACCCUAGAACAACUGUCAAGACACUAUUGAAUGACUAGGCCAGGUCUGGAAUUGUAGUCUCAAAGAGACAAUCUCUAGAGCCCUGCACAGGAAUGGACUUUGAGGCUGCAGAGCAAGAAAAACUCCACUACUGUAAAAAAGACACAUUUGAACCAGACUGAUGUAUGCAAAGGACAACUAGGACAAAGACCACACAUACUGGAAUUGUGUCUUUUGGUCAGAUGAAACCAAAUUAGAGCUCUUUGGCCAUCGAGUCACUGCUUCUGUUUGCAGAAAGAAGGGAGCCGAAAGUAAACAAUACCCACGGUGAAACAUGGUGGUGGGAGUAUUAUGCUGUGUGAUGCUUCACUUCAUUUGGAACUGGGAAUAUUGUCUAGGUGCAAGGAAUCCUGAAGAAAGAAGGAUAUUUGAAGAUCUUGGAAAAAAAAACAACCCUCAAGCAGUCAGCAGCAAAACUGGGUGUGGGUCGCCACCUUGUCUUCCAACGUAACGACCCAAAACAUACAUCAGGCCUGGUGAGAAACUAUCUCCAGAAGGUCAAGGUGAAUGUGAGUGAAUGGUCUAUACAUAGCCCCCAAAUGAAGCUCAUUGACACCCUUUGGGGACAAUUGAAGACGAAAGUCCAUGGCAGAAGACCGUCAAACUGAGGGGCGCUUGAGAGGUUUUCCAAUAACAAUAAUUUGGACCCCGGUAGUUAUUUUUUGGUUAAAUAAAUGUUUGUCUGUGGAAAGUACAAUAAUGGAAGCACCAAAAUAAAGGCAAUUUGGAAAAUAUGUUUAUAAACAUGAGUUGCUCUCUUUAACAGUAUUUGGAAGAUAAUUCUCCAAAAAUGAAAUUUUAAUGGGGAGAGGCAAAUAAUUCUGUCCUAAAGUGUACGUCAUUACGUCCUAGAAGACGUACUGUAAGAGGGCGGGAUAUAACGGAUAAAAUACAUCGGAAAGUUAGCACCUUCUACGCAUCUGUGUAAAUGUAGCAAACAGUCCCUUUUAAACGAAAAUCUUCAGUUUCAAAUGGUUGAAGUUGGUCGAAUAUGUUUAUAGUUUAAAAGAAUACAAAUUGUUUUCAAUUUCAGGCAAAUUGAUGCACUUUAAAUGUUAUUUGACAGGCUAAAAAAUGCUAGUGAUAAUAAUGUUAAUGUUAUUCUUUACCUACAAUGAUCUAUAUUUUUCUUUUUUUUCUUCUUUAUUGUUAAUAAGGAUACAAUGUUAUAACAGUUUUAUGGCAAAAUUAUAAUUAAUAAUUGAGAAGCACCGGCAUAUAUUUACCUCCAUUGGAUUGGAUUUAGCAUCUUUUAUAGGAGAAAAUGUAUCAAACCUUGAUAGAAAAAAUGUGGACACCCCUGCGUUAGAGUGUCCUAUGUGGGAUUACUUUGUGGUAUUUCUGUAUCUCUCCAACACAUACUUGCAGAUUUGCUCGUAGCCCUGAGAGGUGAUCAGCACUUUGACACUGGACUCGUACACGUCGUUUAUGUUGGACCAGUGAGCUUGGAUCUGGGGGUCUUCGAUCCGGCUGGCCAGACUAUCGAUGGUGCGUGCUGUCCUGCAAAUGAAGCAGGUUAAAAGUAGUUUACGCAAACAUAACAGGUGUAGAGCACCCGUAAAAGGUACGGUUUGCAACUUUCUCAAUGUUACAUUUUUCAAACCAAAAAUUAUAACAAGAACACCAUUGGCUAGCCUAUGUUACCAUUGGUGGUUUGAGAGAACAAAACUAAUAAAUAAAUGUCUGUAUUUGUAAUAAUCAGAAGUUAAAAAUGAAAUAAUUAAAUGUUGGGUGUACGCGCAAAUGCCCAUGGCACGUGCUCACCCAAAGGAAAGAUCUCCACGUACAAAAGAAUAAAAAACAGAUCCAAUGGCCACCGUGCAGUUUGUUUGUUAUAUUUGCACACAGCGAGAAAGAGAGACAGAAAAAAACAAUAUUUCAUGUAAAGCAAAAAUAUCUGCGAGUUUAAACAGGCAAGCUAGACCAUAAAUCCCGCCAAACAUAGCCCUGCACCGUGGCGUUCUUCUUCUUCUCCGUGUGCACGCAUCCUGGAGGUUUGAAGUAGCAAGAGGACGGGUCUCAAUGAUCGAACGCAAGCACCCUCUAAGAAUCUACCAAAAGGCUGAAAUGUGUCCCUUGCAUAACGUAGCUACGAUAAGCGACGCCGACUUGGUCAUCUCCUUGCGAACACUCCCGCAGACCUUCACAUGCACCUCUCAAAAAUCCUAGCUAGACCAAAGAGCUGAUUGGUCAGCUUUCACAGAGGAGGAUCCUUGAACCAAUGAGAGCCAACACUGUGCUUGAAAUUGGAUGAGUGAAAGCAAAAGUCAUUGGACAUUUGCAUGCAAAGACUACAUGUAUUGUGUACCGGUACUUAAUAUCUCGUUGCGCUGUAAAAAUAAUUAUGCAGUGUGUUGUUUGUAGGUUGUGGUGUUUUUUGUAAUGACGCUUGUUUUGCACAUCAAGAAAGAAAAAUAAAAAAUUCUUAAACAGU